GCACACCAACCAGAAGGGAUCUCUCAAUUUCUUUGGACUUCCUCACUUCUAGCGUGCAAAUUUAAUAACUCCUCGGCUCCACUUCUUUCCCCCGUUUUCUUUCUUGUUUUCAGGCACCAAAUCUCUGCUGUUUAUAUACUCGAGUGGUGUUUUUGGAUGCAAUUAGGCAGCAUUCUGCGGCAAAUUUAGCAUAUAGUUUUUUUUUUCUGUUCUGUUUUUGGCGAUUGUUUUCUAUCUGUGUGGAGUAGUAAGCAUGUGAAAGGAGCUGAGAGGUUGAAGCAGCAGUUGGAUUUGAUGUUCUUGCCAAGACCCCGACAUUUUCUCUUGAUUCUUUAAGACUUUUUGGGGAUCGAUUCGAUUACUGAUGCACCUACCUCGCAGCUCCGAGCUUUGGAUUCAAGAAACCCAAAUCUGGUGCUGGAAUCCGAGCUCCAGAUUCAAGCCGGAGCAAUUCGGGUAAAACCAGGCGAGAGAUCUUUGCGCAAGAAGAUGUCGCCGGCCACCGCCGCCGCCGACGACCUCCGCGCCGAGGAGGAGGGGAAGGGGGGGAGGAGCAGCAGCAGGCAAGAGGAGGCCAAUGUCCUCCUCGCCGUCGAUGCGGCGGAGGGCGGCGGCGCGUGGUCGCCGGUGGGGUGGUUCAGGAUGCUGGGGAGGGAGCUGCACUGGAGCUUCGUGGCGGGCGUGGUGGCGACGUACGGCGCCAGCCAGGGGCUCGGCGGCGGCGUCAUGCGGGUGGCGUCGGACUACUACUGGAAGGACGUGCAGCGGGUGCAGCCGUCGGCGGCGCAGGUGUACCAGGGGGUGACCUCCAUCCCGUGGAUGGUCAAGCCGCUCUGGGGCCUCCUCACCGACGUCCUCCCCAUCGCCGGCUACCGCCGCCGCCCUUACUUCGUCAUCGCAGGCUUCAUGGGAGUAGUCGCGAUGCUUGUAUUAUCUCUCCACAGCAAGCUUCAUGUAUUGUUCGCGUUGUUGGCAUUGAUGGCCGGAAGUGCUAGUGUGGCAAUAGCCGAUGUAACUAUAGAUGCCUGUGUUGCUGAAAACAGUAUAGUGCACCCUCAUCUUGCUGCUGACAUGAUAAGCUUAAACGGAUUCUGUGCAUCUGUGGGAGGGCUUAUUGGAUUCUCAAUAAGUGGUUUCCUUGUCCAUGCAAUAGGCUCUCAAGGUGCCCUUGGCAUGUUGGCAAUACCUUCUGCCCUGGUAAUCCUAGCUGGAAUGAUGAUAAAGGACGUCCAUAUGCCCAACUUUCCAUAUGAGCUGGCCCAUAUGAAGUUUGUAGAAGCAAGUAGAACAAUGAUGGCAACCUUAAAAUGUCCUGAAGUAUGGCGACCAUGUGUUUACAUGUACAUGUCUCUUGCUUUGAGCGUGGACAUUCAAGAAGGAAUGUUCUAUUGGUACACAGAUAGAAAUGCAGGGCUAUCUUUUUCAGAGGGAUUAAUUGGGUUUAUCUUCGCAGUUGGGUCAGUUGGUUCUCUUAUUGGGGUCAUACUUUACCAAAAUAUUCUGAAGGACCAUUCUUUUCGCAGCGUUCUCUGUUUAAGUCAGUUGUUGCUGAGCUUGUCAGGAAUGCUUGACCUGAUCUUGGUACUUCGUCUCAAUCUAAAACUGGGGAUACCUGACUACUACUUUGCUGUGAUCGACGAGGGUGUCUCCAAAAUGAUCAACCGCAUAAAAUGGAUGCCUCUUUUGGUACUUAGCUCAAAGCUUUGCCCUCCUGGCAUUGAGGGCACAUUCUAUGCGUUGCUCAUGUCCAUCGACAAUGUUGGCUUGCUAUCUGGAUCUUGGGCAGGUGGAUUGAUCCUUCAUGUGUUGAACAUCACAAGAACAGAGUUCAAAAACCUCUGGGCCGCGAUCCUAAUCCGAAAUGCAAUGAGGUUACUACCUUUGGCCCUGUUGUUUUUGGUGCCGAGAAGUGACCAGAACUCUAAUCUCCUUCCAGCUGACUUGCUACCUGAGGAUGAUGCUGCCCAAUAUCAAAUGGACAAUGUUGAGUUAACCUCUCUUACAGUGGAUGGGAAAUCGAGCACCGGUAGUUUGCACCAAGAAUGCAAAAAUCAGGACGUUGUCGAAAACGACGAUGACGAGGCUUCACUGCUUGCCAACAGGAGUUGAUAGGUUAUAUGCAUGGAUUCAUUUCAGGACAAGAUUGAAAAUGAUAUAUAGAAAAGGAGAAAAUCACACCAUUAGUUUUACGUUUUUUUGUUGUUUGUGCCAUAUUCAUUCAUUUUACGGCAGCACAUUAGAUACUCAACAGUUGUACUCAGAACAUUUUCCUUUGACAAAAAUCGAAUGCCCGAAAUUUCGAUCUUGGGAUGUUUGAACUGCUCCA